GGUGUCUCUGCCAAACCCAUUUCGCAGAGAGAACUGCAGGCCAGGCUUACAAUACGGGUCACCGCAGCCCAGCCAAAACAAGCAGGCACUCCCGGGCACGUCCAGCAGGUGGGGGUGAGCACGAAGGGACUGAGGUCGGACGGUGGGGUGUCGCCUGCGUGGGUCCCGCCCUCAGAUGCCGUCGGGUCCCGCCUGCAAGGGAGGGCUACUGGGCCAGUGGAACGCAGAAGGGCCGAGCACCAAAUGCAGCCUAGAGGGGACCGCGGCACAGCCCGAAGCCGGGCGCGGGCCAUGGCUGUGUCCGGGGUCCUGUCCCGCCUGGCAGCGGUGGCGUCAGUGGCGCCGGUGUCCCUGGUGAUGCUGGUGAUGCUAGAGGCGCAUUGCGCAGCGGGUGCGGGCAUGGGCUCUUGCUACGACGACGCGGGGCGCGCACAGCGCUGUCUGCCUGAGUUCGAAAAUGCGGCUUUCGGCCGACGGGUCGAGGCCUCACACACGUGCGGACGGCCCCCAGAGAACUUCUGCCCGCACGUGGGGGUGCCAGGCGCGGGACCACAGUGCCAGCGCUGCGACGAUGCCGACCCCCAGCUCCGCCACGACGCCUCCUACCUCACAGACUUCCACAGCCUCGAUGACAGCACCUGGUGGCAGAGCCCAUCCAUGGCCUUCGGGGUGCAGUACCCCACUUCGGUUAACCUUACCCUGCGCCUAGGAAAGGCCUACGAGAUCACCUACGUGAGACUGAGGUUCCACACCAGUCGGCCCGAGAGCUUUGCCAUCUACAAACGCACGCGCACCAAUGGACCCUGGGAGCCCUACCAGUACUACAGUGCCUCCUGCCAGAAAACCUAUGGCCGUCCUGAGGGUCACUCUCUGUGGCCGGGUGAGGAUGAGAGGGUGGCCUUCUGUACCUCUGAGUUCAGUGACAUCUCCCCCUUGAACGGGGGCAACAUUGCCUUCUCCACACUGGAGGGCCGUCCCAGUGCCUACAACUUUGAGGAGAGCCCUGUGCUGCAGGAGUGGGUCACCAGCACUGAGAUCCUGAUCUCUCUGGACCGGCUCAACACAUUUGGAGACGACAUUUUCAAGGACCCCAGGGUGCUCCAGUCUUACUACUACGCUGUGUCUGACUUCUCUGUGGGCGGCAGGUGCAAAUGCAAUGGUCACGCCAGUGAGUGCGGCCCCGACGAGGCUGGUCAGCUGGUUUGCCAUUGCCAGCACAACACCACGGGUGUGGACUGCGAGCGUUGUCUGCCCUUCUACCAGGACCGUCCGUGGGCCCGUGGCACUGCAGAAGACGCCAAUGAGUGUCUACCCUGCAACUGCAGUGGGCACUCCGAAGAGUGCACGUUUGACAGGGAGCUCUUCCGGAGCACUGGCCACGGUGGGCACUGCCAUCACUGCCGUGACCACACAGCCGGGCCACACUGUGAGCGUUGUGAGAGGAACUAUUACAGAUGGGGCCCAAGGACACCAUGCCAACCCUGUGACUGCCACCCAGCAGGCUCCCUGAGUCUCCAGUGUGACCACUUGGGCACCUGCCCCUGCAAGCCCACAGUGACAGGUUGGAAGUGUGACCGUUGCCGGCCCGGGUUUCACUCCCUCAGCGAGGGCGGCUGCAGACCCUGUACCUGCAAUGUUGCUGGAAGCUUGGGAACCUGUGACCCCCACAGUGGGAGCUGCCCCUGCAAAGAGAAUGUCGAAGGCAGCCUAUGUGACAGAUGCCGCCCUGGAACAUUUAACCUGCAGCCCCACAACCCGGCAGGCUGCAGCAGCUGCUUCUGCUAUGGCCACUCCAAGGUGUGUGCCCCCGCUGCCGGUUUCCAGGCACACCACAUCCUCUCAGACUUCCGCCAUGGAGCUGACGGUUGGCAGGCCAGAAGCACGGGGUCAUCAGAGCGUCCUCUGCAAUGGAACCGGAAUGGGAUCCUCCUGCAAGGAGAGGAGGGACUCUCAGCACCAGAGAAGUUCCUGGGAGACCAGAGACUCAGCUAUGGACAGCCAGUCAUACUGACCCUCCAAGUACCACCUGGGGGCUCCCCAACCGCUGUGCACCUGAGACUGGAGGGGGCGGGCUUGGCUCUGGCUCUGAGGCCCUCCAGUUCACCCAGGCCUCAGGACUCCAGGCAGCCAGGACAGGUUCAGCUCCGGUUCCUCCUGCAGGAGACCUCUGAGGAGGCAAACAUCCCUCUGCCUGCCUUCCACUUCCAGCAGCUGCUUGCCAAUCUGACUGCCCUGAGCAUCUGGACCAGGGGCCAAGACCGGGGCCAUUCUGGAGCAGUAACCCUCUGUGAAGUCCAGCUCACCUCGGCCCGGGCCCAGCAAGGGCUUGCCCCAGCAGCCUCUUGGGUGGAGUCUUGCUAGUGUCCCCAAGGAUACACAGGGCAGUUCUGUGAAUUCUGUGCCCUGGGAUACAAAAGAGCGACACCUCGUGGGGGUCCCUACACCAGCUGCAUCCCCUGCACCUGCAACCAGCAUGGCACCUGUGAUCCCAGCACAGGGAUCUGCCUGUGUGGCCACCAUACCGAGGGUCCUUCCUGUGAGCGCUGCAUGCCAGGUUUCUACGGCAACGCCUUCUUGGGCCAUGCUGAUGACUGCCAGCCCUGUCCGUGCCCCGGCCGAUCAGCCUGCACAGCCAUCCCAGAGAGUGGGGAGGUGGUGUGCACACACUGCCCCCCUGGCCAGAAAGGACGGCGCUGUGAGAGCUGCGAAGAUGGCUUUUUUGGGGAUCCUCUGGGACUCUCUGGAGCCCCCCAGCCCUGUCGCCAGUGCCAGUGCAGCGGGAAUGUGGAUCUCAAUGCUGUAGGCAACUGUGAUCCUCGUUCUGGCCACUGCUUGCACUGCUUGUACAACACCACAGGCGCCCACUGCGAGCACUGUCAGGAUGGUUUCUAAGGGAGCGCCUUGGCCACCAGGCCUGAGGACAAGUGUGCACCAUGCAGCUGUGACCUGAGGGGCUCAGUCAGUGAGAAGAUAACCUGCAACCCAGUGACCGGCCAGUGUGCCUGCCUGCCUCACGUUACGGGGAGGGACUGCAGCCGCUGCAGCCCUGGCUUCUACAAUCUCAAGUCUGGAAGGGGCUGCCAGAGCUGUAACUGCCACCCGCUCGGAUCCUUGGAAAACAAGUGUCACCCCAAGACUGGCCAGUGCCCCUGCCGACCCGGAGUCACAGGCCAAUCCUGUGACAGAUGCCAGCUGGGUUUCUUUGGCUUCUCCAUCAAGGGCUGCCGAGACUGUAGGUGUUCCCCGCUGGGCGCUGCUUCACCUCAGUGCCACGAGAACAGCACCUGUGUGUGCAGGCCCGGCUUCAUGGGCUACAAGUGUGACCGCUGCCAGGACAAUUUCUUCCUCGUGGAUGGUGACACAGGGUGCCAGGAGUGUCCCACCUGCUACGGUCUGGUGAAGGAGGAGGCAGCCAAGCUGAAGGCCAGGCUGAUGCUGAUGGAGGGGUGGCUGCAGGGGUCUGACUGUGGCAACCCCUGGGGACCACUAGACGUUCUUCAGGGAGAAGCGCCUCGGGGGGAUGUCUACCAAGGUCACCACCUACUUCAAGAGGCCAGGGAAGCCUUCCUGGAGCAGAUGGUGGACCUGGAAGGUGCCAUGAAGGCCACGUGGAAGCAGUUGCAGGUGCUGAGAGGAAGCGUCCGCUGUGACCAGCCUGGAGCUCAGAAGACCUGCGCCCAGCUGACGGAGCUGGGGGACACAUUGCGGUCCUCAGAGGAGGGGGUCCUGCGUGCAGCCUCAGCUCUUCCUUUUCUGGUGAAUCUUCAGGAAGGAUCCAGCCCACCCGCCAAUUGGAGCCAUCUGGCAUCAGAGGCCCACAUCCUUGCCAGGAGCCACCAGGACACAGCCACCAAGAUCGAAGCCACUGCACAGAGGGCUCUGCUUGCCUCCAACACCAGCCGUGAGCAGCUGUGGGAUCUGCUGAGAGGGAAGGAGGCCUUGGCAGCCCGGCGGGAACUGGAGGACAGGUACCAGGAGGUACAGGCAGCCCAGACUGCCCUGGGCACAGCUGUGGCAGAUGUGUUGCCCAAAGCUGAGAGGGCACUGACCACUGUGAAGCAAGUCAUUGGUGAUUCUUCCCUACAUCUGGGCUUGCUGGUCACCACUGGAAGAAUGCCUCAGAACUCCCAAGCCAUGCGUCUGGACUGGAAGGUGAAGGCCUUGGAACAGAAGUUGGCUCAGAGGGAGCGCCAGGCCAUCCAGGCUGAAGGAGCCCUGCAGGUGGAGGCUGGGGCAGCCCUAAAGAAGAUGGAGCCCUUCCUGCAGCUACGCAACAAGACCACAGCUGCCCUGACGCAGGCUUCCUCAGCUGUCCAAGCUGCCACACUGACUGUCAUAGGAGCCGAGACUCUGCUAGCUGACCUCGAGGGAGUGAAGCUGAGGUUUCCUCUGCCCAAGGAGCAGGCAGCGCUGAAGAGGAGAGCAGGCAACAUCCGGGCUAGGCUCCUGGAGGAGUCGAAGAGGAAGACCAGGCAGGCAGAGAGGAUGCUGGGAAAUGCUGCCGCUCUCUCCUCCAGCACCAAGAAGAAAAGCAAAGAGGCCGAACUGACGGCCAAGGAGAACGCCAAGCUUGCGAAGGCUUUGCUGAGGGAGGGGAAGCAGAGGCACCGUCGUGCCAGCCGACUGGCCAGCCAGACCCAGGCCACACUCCGCCAGGCCUCUCGGCUAGUACUCACAUCAGAAGCGAGCAAGAAGGAGCUGGAGGAGGCUGAGCAGGUGGUCUCUGGGCUGAGCACCGUGGAGCGCCAGAUCCAAGAAUCUCGAGGGUCUUUGGUGAAGGACAUCCAGGUCCUGUCAGAGCUGCUCGCCAAGCUGGAGUCCCUGGAUGCCCACCAAGCUCCUGCUCAGACCCUGAAUGAGACCCAGAGGGCACUGGAGAGCUUGAGGUUGCAACUGGGCUCACAGGGAGCCCUGCAUCACAAGCUGAGACAGCUGGAGCAAGAGUCUGCUCGGCAGGAGCUGCAGAUCGAGAGCUUUGAGAGUGACCUCGCUGAGAUCCGAGCUGACAAGCACAACUUGGAGACCAUUCUGAGCAGCCUACCAGAGCACUGCGCCAGCUAGACCUUGGCACCCCCUCCCCACCUUGCUGUUACCUGCCCACUCUCCAGCUGUCCCAGGUCUGCCUGCUGUGUGUGCAUGUGAAUGACCACACUCCCUUGCUGGUAUGUCCAGAUCCUCUUCAGUGUGAGCGGCAAGAGUUAGUACAUGCUCACGACUCCACAGGUGGCCCUGUGUGUGGCUCACAGUGUGUGCUCCCUGCACAAGCAUCAGCUCCUCCCCUCAGUGUGUGCACCCUGCACACACAUCAGCACACACCGCCUCAGUGUGUGCUCCCUGCACACGCAUCAGCACCCACCCUCAGUGUGUGCUCCCUGCACACGCAUCAGCACCCCCCUCAGUGUGUGCUCCCUGCACACGCAUCAGCACACUCCUCAGUGUGUGCUCACUGCACACGCAUCAGCACACCCCCCCCAGCAUCAGUAAGAGGCAUGUAGUUUACGUGUGUGUGUAAUGCACUUGUGUGUUCAGAACCGUCUGUGCAUAAACACACAUGACAGUCCAGCGCUGUCAAGAGGCAGCUAUGAGCUGGGUGAACCCUGUUAUGAGAAAUCCUAUGACAUAUCAACAGCCCUCCCUCCAGAGAGUAGAACUCAAACAGCAGUGGCACCCCCAAGGCUGAGAAGUUAUCCACAGAGACCCAUACCCAUGGUCACAGAGCUGGCCCUGGGCCUACUGUGCUCCCAUAUCGCCCACUGGUCCCGGUCACCAGCAACUCUGAGAACUGAGGUGCCAGGCAGAUCGAGAAAGGCCAGAAUUCUAACAGGAUCCUCAGAAAUGUCAUCCAAGGCCGUGGUGUGGCUUGGGAGGCCCACAGGGCAAGGCACAGAUGUUAUUGUCUUUUGUGGACUCAUUCCCCCAGGGAUCUGGGUCUGCAGCAAUCUCAUGGAAGGAAGAGCCUAUUCAGACCCAUCCUCCUCAGUCCCCUGAUCUACCUGAAGAACCAGGUUCUUCAGGGGCUGGGUCAUGAGGCCUCAAGUAGGCACUAGGAAUGGCCCUUGGUGCCCUGUUGACCUGGUUAGCCUUUGAUUGACUUUUCUCAAACCGGUCUUGUGACCCCACCUGCCAUGAAGGAAGCCAUAGGGGUGUGGAAGCCUGGCUGUCAUUCUAGGCCUGUUGCCCAUGGCUGCCUCUACCCAGCAACCCCUGGCAUUUCUUCCUGAUGUUCCCUGUCUUUUUCUGGGCCCUCUCUUAGUACACAGCAGGGCCUAGGCACUGGGAUAAUAACCACAUUUGCCAGCCCCGCCCCUUCCCCUGGUCCCAGAGGAACUGAUGGAGAUGUGAACCAAUUCUGAUUAUGAGAAAAUAAAGGACCCUUUUCUGAGCCUGA